ACUUUUUCCACCGCGCAUGCAAGCACCUCGCCGCGGCGCGGUCGGUCGGCCGAGCGACCCAGUUUGGCAGUUCUUCAUGAAGCUCCCGGUCGUGAAUUCUCUUCAAACCACCGAGGAUGCAGGUGGUGCGACGAGCACAGCCAAGUUUGCGCGACCUCGCGCCAAGUGCAUGGCAUGCGGAUGCAUCAUGAUCGGCCAAGCUCGCCAACUCAAAGCACACCACGCGCGGUGCAGCCGCAGUCGUGAUACGCCCCAUGGCGACGGCAGCGCACACGAUGCUUCCGCCUGCCACCUGGAUAACGACGACAACGACGACAUGCAGCGAAUACCAACCAUCAAGCAUCAGUUGAGUGCUGCGGAGAAGCUGCUCGUCGUCAAGUGCCACGCGUACUUCAAGGCAGAAAAGCAGAAGGAGAAGCUCCUUGUCCAUCGAAACCCCCCGUGGCAGACGCGAGCCCGCGUUAGCAAGUGCCUCGGCAUCUCCCAAAAAACGGUCUCGCACGUCAUCACCGAGUGGAACCGAUUCAAAGACCCAACGUUCCAGCACCGGGUGGUGCCAGUGCCGCCCCCUGCGCCGACGACCACCACGAUGCAGCUACUUCACGACUACACCGACGACGUGGAGACGUACAUGGAAUCGCGGAACGCAGCAGAGCUGCCCGUGACUGCCGCUCAUUUGUGCAAGCACCUCGAAACUUGCCAUGGAGUCCAAGUCGACGUCGUCAAGAUGCGCGCAUUCCUGCGGAAACUCCACUACGUGCCUGGCCCGCGAGUCCACGGCCGGCGCUCGUUCGUCAAACAAAGCACGACGAGCUUGGCAUGCCAAAAGUAAAACGUCCCUUCCACCGAGCGUCAUCCACGCACCCCUGAAAACUCUCCCGCCAUUGUCGUCGUGUGGUUCAUGGCCGUGUGGAGCCAUCUCGUGCGUGCGUGCUGGACGAGAGCCUCGUGGCGCCGACCGGACCAACCUGGCAGGCUCCUUGCAAGCCGCGCACGCCAUCGCGAGUUGUCCAAACUGAACGUGGCAGCGUGAUCGGAUGACGUGACGUUGGUCGAGAUUUCUACGUCGUUGACACAGCAUGCGUUUGCCUCGGUGCAUGUCGUUGCCUUUGGAAGCAGUGACGUCGGGUUGAUGGGAUUUCAUGUACACGACGAAAGAAACGAGGGAUACCAGGACGAACACGGAUCUUGUUAGUGCAUGAGGCGCUCCAACGUUUCUUGCAAGUAGUUGAAGCGCUGAUGCUUGGCCAAGUGGUGCAAAAUUCGGAAUAUCUCGUCGAUUUCGACACGACCAUGGCCCGAACU